AUGAAGUUUGUGUCAACCGCACUACUGGCCUUGUCGUCCCUCGUGGCGGUCAAAGUCCAUGCGGAAUGCACCGACUCGAUUGAACAACCCAUCGACUCUGCUACCAAACUAUCCUUUGCUGGCUUUGUCCCCGCUGUCAACAGGAUCACCAACACGGGCGCAGGAAACAAGAUCGUUCUCCGAGGAUACUCCCGCGAACCAAUGAUUGCCAAAGACGGCACCUUGAUCACCAUCACUGCCGGGGAACCGUUACCUUGUGCGGAUGAUGAUGAAUCUCCUCUGGUUGUGGAAAAGUCUGCCACAAGUCCCUCCAUUGACAAGACUUCCUCUACGGGAACUUCCAGUUCGGGCGCUACCAGUACUAGUACUGGAUCAGAGACAGAAGAGGGCUUUGAUUUCUUGGAACUUGCCAGCACAUCGUCUGCCGCCAUGAAGAGCUUCAUGGGAGUCUCGAUACCUCUCUUCUUUGGACGUUCCUUGGGCAUUUCUACCGGGAUCACCUCCGCGUUGGUCACCACCAUGGCUCUCACCUCGUCGUCUCCCUAUGCGGGCGUUCACGCUCAGGAAUUGGAAGCUUGUGACACUCUGCUUGCUCCAAUUGAGGUGGAUAUAUACGUUGAUGCUACUGCCAAUGAUAUUGUCAUGAUGGAGGCUCAGUCUGGGGACUACGAAGCUUGCCCUCCCGAGACGGUCUACUGGAAGCACCACCCCAAAGUCUAUGGAGGAUAUGAAGGAUGUGUCGGUGAGAAAGUCUACUACCCCUGCGCAACUGACAGCCAAGGCGUUUGGGAGGAAGAUGGUCAACUGGCCGCGAAAUACCCCAUUAUCUGGGAUGGGGAGAACUGUGUAGAGACGUCGUACACCACCGAAAAUCGCACGUUUUGGAUACUUUGGGGGGAUCCGCUCGAUAAAUUUGAGCUUAAUUCUCGCACUGGCUUGAACCCUGUGGUGUCGUUCCCAUUCAAUCGAGGACCUUACCCACGCUACGAGCAAGGCGUCUCUCUAGAUGUUGCCCUCGAUGACAGUGCUGAUGCUCGUGCUGCUGCCAAGGAUUUGUUGGUUUACAUUGGUGCUUUUGUAGAGGAAGAGCUAGAUGGCUGGGAUGUCACAUUCACCGAAGGAGCAGAGUCGGGAAUGACUCACAUUUGGGCGGGCAAAGCCCUUGAAAUUGCUCAGACUACCUGCAACCGAGAUAUCUACGCAUUGAUGGAGGUUCCUGCCUAUGGAUACAGCCCCUCAGAUGCAGCCGACAUCGCCAACAAGUUCUCGUCCACAUUCUAUAACAGCUCAGAGUGUCUUUGCUUUUCCGAUGACUCCUGCAAAGAACCGACUGUCUCCAUUUCUAACCGAGGUUGGCUCCCAUUGACGCCCUUCCCGGUUGAGAUGGGUGGAGAUGGUCUUUCCUACGCCGCAGACUCGGAAUCUCCCAACUCUCCUUGGUUCGAAUCGAUGGUCUUUCCAGAGAAUCCCACUGGCAAGAUCAAGACUCCUCAGCUGUCUCCUGAGCGCCGCGUAUGUGAUGGUGUCUAUGUCUGGCCGAUGUAUUUCGGCAUGAGGAACUACACGAUUCCAAUUGAAGAACGCCCGGACUGCAGUGCUUGGUCCUUCAGCAUCACCAAGGCGUAUAGCGCCAGUGUUCGUGCUGGCUUUAUCAUCUACAAGCGCGACCCCGAAACGAACCAUGCUGCCAUGGUGGAUACUAUCAGCACAGCUUACAGCAUGACCCAUGGACUCUUGAGUGAAUGGUCUUGGUAUGGUCAAAUGCAACUUUGGGACAUGAUCAUGUCCAAGCCUUUGAACGACGCUACGUCUUGGAUUGGUGCCUAUUCUGAGAUCAUGGAGGAGAAGUGGUCCUUGAUUAUUGACGCCUUUGACGCUUGCCCCGUCGUCACUGUUGCGAAUCCCCGCGCAGGCGCUUAUGCCUGGUUCGUCUAUAAAGACCCGUAUGUGGGACUUCAGGAUGGAUUUGUGUCCUCCUUCUUCCGCGACGUCUUGGGCGUUCGCACCACGACCUACAACUGGGGUUUUCGAGGGGCCGAUCCAGCAGAUUUCUACGGCCCGAACUACGGAACUGCCGAUUUCACUCGUCUCCAGUUGUACAGAGACGUGAGCGUCUACCAGGAAGUCGCUCGCCGCGCCAAGAUUGUUUGCGCAGACCAAGAUGCCUCCAUUGGUGACUUUAUCAGUAUCAACCAGUGGGUGGCUGCCAGUGAAGCUGUCCGUGAUCGUCGCCGCUUGGCAGAGCAAGAGGGCCGUCCCACGUAUGAAAGUCCGGAGCAGCGUGAACGUCAUUUGCGCCAAGCAAUUCCCCACUUGGGUGACACGCAGAUUCAUAAGUUGGUGGAAGGUCACGAACUGUCUGACAGUAUUGAUGAGAAUGUCCGCCUUUGUGCUCCUGAGUUUACCAUGUCAUGUCUCUUCAAGCAGGUUGGAAAUGGGUUUGCUGAUGCCUAA